AUGAGGAGGAUGCUUGUGCCGUGUGGCAGCAAGUUGCAGCAGCUGAAGCAGAAGACUUGGAGAGCCGGCUUCAACUGAACAAGCCUCCUGUAGUCUGCGUGCACUCAGCCCAACAGGACGGAAACACCGGGAGACAACGCGUAACACCAACGCAGUCGAUCCAGAAACAGAUGAUCCAGAGAAACAUGUGAAGAUCUUUAGUUGUUAAAGUGUUGGGUCAGUCAACAGAAACCGGGAAGAUGGCGAGGACACAAACUCGCAUGUUCCUCGCCUUGGCUUUGCUGGGAAUUUUCCUCCUCGAUGUCUCGGUGAAAGGAGAGCUACAGGGAGAUCAACAGGAGGAGGAGGAGGAGGAGGAGAAGGAAAGGUCCUGUCAGGGCGCCUUCGACCUCUAUUUUGUCCUGGACAAAUCUGGCAGUGUGAAGAAUCACUGGAUAGAAAUUUACUCAUUUGUUGAGCAGUUGGCAGAGAAGUUUAUCAGCCCAAUGCUGCGAAUGUCCUUCAUUGUCUUUUCCACACGGGGUAACAUCAUAAUGAAACUGACGGAGAACAGGGAGGCCAUCACCGGAGGCUUAACAGCUCUGAGAAGGGUUAUCCCCGGAGGAGACACAUUUAUGAACUUAGGCCUGGAGAUGGCUAAUACGCAGAUAGAUCAAGAGAAGCAAGGGACAGCCAGCGUUAUCAUCGCUCUGACGGAUGGGGAACUGAAUGAGUGGCAGUUUGACUCCGCUCAGCGAGAGGCUCAGAGGGCCAGGUCUAUGGGAGCCAUUGUUUACUGUGUGGGGGUCAAAGAAUUCAAUCAGACCCAGCUUGCAACUAUUGCAGACACUGUGGAACACGUGUUUCCUGUAUGGGGAGGCUUCCAAGCCCUCAGGGGAAUCAUUGACUCGAUCAUCAAGAAGUCCUGCAUUGAGAUUCUAGCGGCCGAGCCGUCCAGUGUGUGUGCAGGAGAGAGUUUCCAGGUGGUGGUGAGAGGCAAUGGGUUUCUCCAUGCCAGAAACAUUGACCAGGUCCUCUGCAGCUUUAAACUUAAUGAUACACUCACUGUGGACGAGAGACCAGCUGGAAUAGAGGAUACCUUCCUACUCUGCCCUGCUCCUCUCGUAGAAGAGGUUGGGAGGGUGAUCUACCUGCAGGUGAGCAUGAAUGAGGGCCUCUCCUACAUCACCAGCUCCGUUCACAUCACUACUACAGAGUGUUUUGACGGCACCAUCGUGCUAGUAUCAUUGCUGGUGGUGUUCCUGCUGUUGGCUCUGCUGCUGAUGUGGUGGUUCUGGCCUCUCUGCUGCACUUUGGUGAUCAAAGAACCUCCACCACCUCCUCCUCCAGAGCCAGACUCAGAUGAUGAUGACGGGAUGCCCAAGAAGAAGUGGCCCACAGUGGAUGCGUCCUACUAUGGAGGAAGAGGAGUGGGUGGCAUCAAACGCAUGGAGGUGCGAUGGGGGGAGAAAGGAUCCACUGAGGAAGGUGCGAAGCUGGACAAACCUAAAAAUGCAGUUGUAAAAAUGCCAGAUCAGGAAUUUGAACCGUAUGAGCCGAAGCCUCGAAAACCACGACGCCGCCCCCCACAGCAGAGGAGGUGGUACUCACCCAUUCAGGGGAAGCUGGAUGCUCUGUGGGCUUUGUUCAGGAGAGGUUACGACCAGGUAUCUCUGAUGAGACCACAUCCUGGAGACGAGGGUCGCUGUAUUAGUUUCCAACGGGUCAAAGAUGGCGAGUCCACCCCGAACAACCAGGCUCCUCCUCGCACACAUCACUCUCCCUCGCCGUCGCCGCCUCCUCCUCCUUCUCCUCCGCCCGCCGAACAGCAACCUCUGGUCUCCAACUCUGUCCCCCGUACGAAGCCUCCGUCGAGAGGGCCCCGCACCACGCCACCUUCCCGUGCACCCCCUUCCGUGGCCCAACCACCUCCAGGUCCACCCCCAGCUCGAGCACCCCCCGGGCCCCCGAGACCCCCACCAUCUCGACCCCCACCCAGGCUCUGAUGGAAAAAAAGGGGUCCUCCAAUAAAAAAAACUGAUACAUCAAGUCAUUCCAUAAAACACCUUUGUCCUUCUUCCAUCCCAAAGACAACAGAGAGGCAUAACAUAUUAGAAGCCAGGAGCUCUGUGCUUUGUUGCUGGACAGCAAAAAAAUAUUUAUCUGAUAUCAAAAUCAGCUUUUAGAUAAUAAAAAAAACAUAAAAACAACAAAUAUAUAGUGACUUGAUUAAACCUGUAUGUACAGUAUUAGAUGUUAUGUUGACUUAAGUGGUAAGAGGAAGUGCAAUCCUUUCUGGAAAUUCAAAGAUUUAGGUGUUGUUGAAAGUUAGAUUGUGGCAGUUUCUGCAUGAGGUAAAAAGUUACAUUUGGGUUGGUAGAGAAUAAUAAUGUUAAGCAAGGACGUGGUGAAAAUACAGCACUACUGAAAGAUAAGAGCAGCAAUGUCAGUUAUGUUUGUUAGUGUACACUCUUAGGUUUCAGAAAUUCUGACUACUUUUUUAACCAAAUCAAUUUUUGUUUAGUGAUUUUAAUGCAACUGCAGGGCAGUUUUCCCAUAUUUUAUUUAUUUUAAUACGAGCCCUGUCUGCAUCUGUUUUCUAUUUAGUGUCAGGUGGGUUUCUGGGUUUUUCAAAUCUUUGAGGUAGGGUAAUAUCAAUAUGGAUAUAAAGCAGCAUUCUGGCAUGCCAUCUGAUGUAUUUGUGGUCGUAUUAGCAUCAAGUGGAAGACUGCAUUGAAAAUUUGUAUUGUACUGCAUUUAAUGACUGAAAUGAUCAUUUGCAUUAUUUCUUUAUUAACAACCUUUUGUGUCUGUCUUCAAUAAACAAAAUGUUUUUUUAUGUGCUGUCUAGCAGUGAUUUCUUUUGUAGUUAUUAACAGUCUUAAAUAGUAUGGUAAUAUAGUUCAAGAGGACUUCUUGCACCAUCAUAUUGUGAAUCAGCCUACGAACGCGUUUGGGGUCAGUGCUUCAGACACCUAAAGACAUUUUUUAGUUCAUUGGAUAUUGCAGGAUGCAACAUUUAGUGAUAUAGGUUCCUCUUCCAGUAAUAUUCCUUCAUUAAACUAAUCAUGACACUAAUAAUCUAUCUAUGACAUUUAUGCAGCCUGCAAAUUAAUUAAUAAAUUCUAAGAUUUUGAAUUGCUUGAGAGUUUAUGAAAGUCAUAUUUCUGGAACACGUCACAUUUUUGUGCCGUAGUCC